CCCCCGCUCGAGAGGAAGGUCGGAUCCCCGAAAAGAGCCCCUGGGAGACCUAGGAUCUAGAUGGCCUGAGCUUACAUUCUGACCUCACCACUUAGUAAGUGGGUGAACUUGAACUAGUGAUACCUGGAGCCUCGGUUUCCUCACCUGGGAAGGUCCCAGAAGAACCUCGGCAUGGAUAGAGAUGGAGUUCCCCAGCCCGCAGGGCCACCCACAAGGAAGAAAUUCAUCAUCCCCCUGGACGAGGAUGAGGCCCCUCCUCCCGGGGCCAAGCCCUUAUUCAAAUCCACACGCAGCCUUCCCACCACGGACAGCUUGCCGCAGCCAGCCCCUCAGAGCUAUGCUGAGUACGCCAUCUCGGGGCCUCCUGGAGGGGCUGUAGCCACCCGACCCACGGGGCCAGAACCCCUGGCAGAAGAGACCCCCAAACAGGCCCCCAAAGUGGGGGCAAAAUCCACCAGCAUCAUUGUGAGCCCUCGGCAGAGGGGCAACCCUGUGCUGAAGUUCGUGCGCAGCGUGCCCUGGGAGUUUGGGGACGUGCUUCCUGACUACGUGUUGGGCCAGAGCACCUGUGCCCUCUUCCUCAGCCUCCGCUACCACCACCUCCACCCAGACUACAUCCAUGAGCGGCUGCAGAGCCUGGGGAAGAACUUCAGCCUGCGGGUCCUGCUUGUGCAGGUGGACGUGAAAGAUCCUCAGCAGGCCCUCAAGGAACUGGCUAAGAUGUGCAUCCUGGCCGAGUGCACCCUUAUCCUUGCCUGGAGCCCCGAGGAGGCCGGGCACUACCUGGAGACCUACAAGGCCUAUGAGCAGAAGCCAGCAGACCUCCUGAUGGAGAAGCUGGAACAGGACUUCGUCUCCCGGGUGAGUGAGUGUCUCACCACGGUGAAGUCGGUCAACAAGACGGACAGUCAGACCCUCCUGACCACUUUUGGGUCUCUGGAACAGCUCAUCGCGGCAUCGAGGGAAGAUCUGGCCUUGUGUCCUGGCCUGGGGCCCCAGAAGGCCCGGCGGCUGUUCGAUGUCCUACACGAGCCCUUCCUGAAAGCUCCCAGAUGACCCCGCUGCCAGGACACCCUCAUGGAAUAAAGCGCUUUCCAGGCCCAGGCUCUGGCUGCUG